AUGUCAUCGCCAUGCGUGUGCACUGUUCAGGACGACGAGUCUGUCGGCCAGUCCUCCGGCGCUCAGCUUGACCGCGGCCAGAUGCUGCAGCGCCGUCGUCACUCCUUUUUUCUUCCGAGGCGGAAGUCGAUUGUCGGACACAUUAUGGAGACUGAGGAAGGCCUGCUUCUCAAGGUGGACCUCUUUCUCUCCGAACUCGAGCGACGACUUGAUUUCAUUGAAAACUAUGGCGAUCUGACACUCGACUCGAGUAUCUCCCGCGCCUUCUCCACCCUGCAAGCGGUGCGCGCGAGAUGCUCUCAGGCAUCAGAGGAGGUUCUGGGCGAGGGCCGUCGAAGGCUGCACCUCAUGGUCGAGACACUCGAGGCGAGGUAUCAAGAAGGACUCGCUUCGGCCGAAUCCCUGAACGAAAAGGCGCGCCUCGGCAUUGAGUUGCUCGACGGUAUGCUCUCCGAUUUUGAGGGUCGCGCAUACAAGUUCCGCGAGGAUGGUUUUGCCGGUGCCGCCGAUGCAGCCGGGGCCAUCAUGUCUGAAGGUCGCCGUGUGGUUGACGAGAGCAUGCAUCGCGCUCGCGAGGUUGUCGACGAAGGUAUCGAGCGCGCAAAGCGGGCCGCCAUGAGCUUGGAGGAGAAGAUUGAGUACGCCGUCGGACGAGCCCGAGAGACCGGCUUGAUCGUGUACGACGACCUGCCCGUGCCGUGGAGGGUCAACCCUCACAUCAGAAAGGGCUACCGGUUCACCGAGUCCAAGAUUGAGUGUAUCACGUCCGCCUUUGGCCUAUCCAACGAGCUGUUCAACAUUUGGUCGCAUGCCAUCGGCCUCGUCAUUGUCCUGGCUGUCGCCCUGUACUUUUACCCCCGCAACACCAAUUUUACCCUCAGCAGCAAAUCCGACAUAUUCAUCGCCGCCGUCUUCUUCUUCACAGCCUGCCUGACGCUCGUCUGUUCGACCAUCUGGCACACGAUGAAUGCCGUCGCUGACGUCAAUGCCAUUUCCCUCUUCGCUUGUGUCGACUACACCGGCAUCUCUCUCCUCAUUGCCGCCUCCAUCAUGACGACCGAGUACACGGCAUUCUACUGCGACCCCGUCAGCCGCUGGUCCUACAUGGUCAGCACCGCUGCCCUCGGCAUCAUUGGCGUCAUUCUGCCCUGGCACCCGACCUUCAACAAGGCUGACAUGGCCUGGGCACGCGUCGCCUUCUUCGUCGGCCUCGGUGCCACAGGCUUCCUGCCCAUCCUGCAGCUCUGGUACAGCCACGGCCGUGACUUUGUGGUCGAGUUCUACUCGCCCAUUGGCAAGUCCAUCAUGGUGUACCUCGUCGGCGCCAUUGUCUACGCGAGCCAGAUUCCCGAGCGCUGGUGGCCUGGAUGCUUCGACUACAUCGGCGGCAGCCACAACCUGUGGCACCUCGCUGUUCUCGGCGGCAUCUUGUUCCACUACAGCGCGAUGCAGGCGUUCUUCGAAGGGGCUUUCCGGAGGGCGGAGCUCGAGUGUUCCGUCUACUGA